CAGCUUUUUUUUUCUUUUCGUCGCCUCCGUUUCUCAUAAACCUACUCUGUCUUCUUUUCGUCGUACCAGUUGAUCCUCAUUGAAAGAGGAGCAGAGGAGGACACGUUGACCAGCGCAGAGGAGGACACGAAGAGACGUCCAAAAGGGAGGCGGCAGUUUCCUUUUUUUCUCUCUCUCUCUCGCUCUCUCUCUCUUAUACACACAGGAUAAUUUUCUCCUUAUUUAUCCUUUCAUUGUCGGUGGAGUAUCUUGUAUUCGUAUGAGACUUGCCGGUUUGUGUGUCGUAGUGUGUCGCCGUAGCAGGAAAAGAGCCCUUAUAUAAGGCGAGUAACGGAGAGAUGAGCCUGGCGGAGAGGCGACAGAGACACCUCAUAGAAUAACAUUCAAUUUUUUGAUGUGUGUGUGCGUUUUCCGUCAACGUUUUUGAUUAAUUUAUUCAAGUACCAUAGCUAGCUGGGAAGCUUGUGCCAAUGCUGGCCCAUUCACUAUUGUGUGCGUUUGAUUUCCCUUAGCUAGGCGGCUAAUGAUGAGCCCGUGUGCGUAGCGGAAUGAGGAUCCGAAGAAGCCUCCAGGCAGACGCAGAUGGCUCCGAUUAGCGGUCAAAACCCCAUUAAAUAAUUUGGUUGUUUGAAUAAUAAAUACAGGCAAGUAGCCAGUGUGUGUAUGUGUGGCCAGACCUGGUGGGCCCAGCUAUAAUUCAUAAAACUAUCCUGAAUGCGAAGAAUGGGCCCAUGCCAUAAUUUGGAAAACAAAGAAUUAGGCUAUUGAGGAGGGUAAGCUGGCUAGAUAAAGAUUGAUUUUGCGGGUUUUUUUGGUGAGCUAGCAAGCUUAUUGACGGAUUUGUCACACCGUCUGGACUGUGCAGCUUCCCUGGGAUCUCUGAGUCCCUCAAUCGGAGUGAUUUCCCCCCCGUUUUCAUCUCUUUUUGCGCCGCACUACGAUGGGCGGUCACACGGGGGGCACCGGGCCGGUGGAAGUGGAGCCCAUGCCGGGAUACUUGGACCUCAUCAACAGAGCCUCCACCGUCAUGCUGGGUGCAUGGAGAGACUGUAGCAAUUGCGGUCUGGGGCUCACCAAACGGACUCUCCUGGAUAACGCGUACAUUACCUGGGUGGAAAUAUCCCUGUUCUUCUUUUGCGCCUUUUUGUGGACGCAGAUCAGGCGGGGAUUGACAGAAAGUCUGUUCAAGCCUCUUGCACGGUGGUGCAGGCUGCUGCCCAAAGAUGCUGCCAAGAUGCCGGAGAGUGCGUGGAAGCUGGUCUUCUACACCAUGUCGUGGUGCUACAGCACCUACUUGCUCUUCUUCACCUCCUACCCCUUUUUCCAUGACCCGCCCUCUGUCUUCUACAACUGGAAAAGCGGUAUGUCAGUGCCUCUAGACAUCGCCAUAGCCUACCUGAUUCAGGGCAGCUUCUACGGCCACGCCAUCUAUGCUACAGUCUACAUGGACGCAUGGAGGAAGGACUCUUCUGUCAUGGUGGUGCACCACAUCAUCACACUGGCACUCAUCUGCUUCUCUUAUGCUUUCAGAUACCACAACGUAGGCAUUCUGGUGCUGUUCCUCCACGACAUCAAUGAUAUCCAGCUGGAGUUCACCAAGCUCAACGUCUACCUGAAGUCCAGAGGAGGAGGCUACUACCUGCUCAACGAUUUACUGUCCAACAUGGGCUCUGUCAGCUUCAGCAUCACUUGGUUCUGGUUCCGUCUCUACUGGUUUCCUCUAAAAGUGCUGUAUGCCACAUGUGUGUCCAGCCUUCAAUCUGUUCCCAACAUCCCUUUCUACUUCUUCUUCAACGCUCUUCUCCUCGCCCUGCUGCUCAUGAACAUCUACUGGUUCUUGUUCAUCGUGGUGUUCGUAGUGAAGGUGCUCAAGUUGAAGGAGGUGAACGACGUCAGGGAGUAUGAGGACGAGGACAGCAAAAAGGCACUAGCGGGCAACAAGGCAGCAGCGGGCCUGCUCAGAAAGCUUAAGGUGGAGAACAACAGCGAUGAUGAUGCUGGACAUCACAUCUCUGCCCAGGGGAAGCACGUGCAGAAUGGAAUCUCCAAGGAGAAGCAUCUAUAACAGGCUCUCUGUCGCCACCACCUGGCACAAGGCUACGAGUACAAGCAAGACGAGACGCCCUCCUUGGAUAGGUCACGCUAAAAAAAAAGAAAAAAAAAGAAAGAAAGAAAAAGCGUGGCUCAAAGGAAGAGCGUCACAAAAAAGAAAAAGGAAGGAAAAAACCUAGUUAGGUUGCAACAAGUUUUUGUUCUUUUCAUUUGUUUUAGGCCAUGUCAUUUCAUCACUGUCAUUUUGUUUUUAUUAGAGCACUGUGAAUGUUAUUUCAGGUGACUUUUUGUCUUAUUGUUGCUAACUUUGCAUUUGAUACAUUCAGUAGAGACAAACCAGUUUCAGUGAGAGGUGGGCUGUAGUUGUCAUGUACAGUAGUAUAGGGUGUCAUAAUUAUCACCAUCGUCACCCUUAACAGCGCCCAGACAAGACGAGGAUUAGGCCUGUAGUGACUCUGUAGACAUCUAGACCUGCAGUGACUUGAUAAUCAGGCAAUACGCCAUCAGUGAACUAUGUCCAAGUGUUUCCUAAAGUCCCUGUCUGGAAUCUUUUUUCUUUGCUUUCCUUCUCUCCGCCUCCUCCUCGAAAUCCGUCCCUCAUCUUCGUUUCCAGGCGUGAGGAGAAAAGGCUGAAAACACAAUUCAGACCGGGGGAAAAAAACACUGCGUCGUACCGAGUGUCGCUCUCAUAGCUGCAGCGAUGCAGGAGAGCCCGGUUCGUCCGGUGCUGUUUUCACCACAUGUAUUGAUUUUCAUAUCAUUGCACAACUCCAGUGGUGGCGACCGCACAGCUCCGGCCCCCCCUGCGUCCAUUAGUUUGAUUUUAAAAAGCCACAUCGGUGUGUGUAUGUGUAGGUAUGUGUGAGAGUACGCAUGUAGCCGAGUCUUUUAAACUCAAAAAUCACAACAUUUCACCUCUCGGUUUGAUUUACCAUAUUGUCGCUGAUGAUCAACAGAUAUUCACUUUGCAUUCCUGAAUGGAAAAAAGCUUUUUUUUUCGUCUUUUUUUUUUCUUCUUUUCCUCUAUGUGUGUGUGUGUGUGUGUGUGUGUGUGUGUGUGUGUGCGUUUGUUGCAAAGCAUCUGUUGCUGCACUGACAUGAAGGCAUACAAGCUGAUUGCUGGUUUAAUGACAGCAAAUAGCUGGAAUUGAUUGACUGGGUUUCAGUAUCAUCCUCAUGAUUUCAUUUGUUUAAACAAUAUGACGUUUGAAUAACAUUUAUAACCGGUUCACAGGUGGUGACGGCUAGAAAAUUAGAAACAAUAGCCCAGAACUUGUGUAAAGAUUAAAAAUCAGUAUGAUAAAAAAACAUUAUGUAUGCUCACAUUACGGUAUCCAGGAAUGCAUGACAUCGGAAUGAUUCUGGAAAUAUGCUAUGAAAUUGUCUUACAAACAAAACGAUGAAGAAAAAAAAUCCUCUAGAUAUGUAAUCAUCGUCUUUAUUAAUGUCUACAAAUUUUUUUUAAAACAGCGGUGACCACUGAACACACAUAAUGAACACACACAAACCAGUGUGCGAUUCAAAUGUCUCACACACAUUGUUUUAGAGAUGAGAAGGAACAAGUUCAGGAAGGAUUUAAAUUUGAAUGUUUACCUGCUUCAUUGGUGUGUUCGUGGAAACAGCUGUGGCACCAUUUUUGUUUAAAAAAAAAAAAGAAAUAUAAGGGAUACUUUCACUCUUCUCACCUUCUCGAUCAACUUCGAGCUUUUGUUUGGAUGAACAGCUGCUUGUGUUGCCGGAGCAGGCCGCAGAUGUCGUCUGUCCGUUUUAGUUUAUCUGUGCGUCUUCCACAAUCCCCAACACCACUGCGUCAGCACUUGGGGAGUUAAAACUAACUUUUAAUUUUAGUUUUAGGUUUGUUUUUGUUUUUUUAAUUGCUGCUGUUUUCUUUUCUCUGAGAACACUGUUUAUAUACCCGUUGUUUUGGGGGUUUUUUCUGCUAUGUAUGAGUCGGUGAUAGUCUGCUUGGAACAGAUAUCCAGGGACCAGGGAGAGUCGUACAUUACAAACAUCUGGAUUCAGUCUUAGAUCUCUUCCUUUUAAUCUGAAUGCUGGCUCACGCUCUUUUUUUAAAUUUAUUUUUUAUUGUAGUCAUCAACCAUCUGUACUGUAAGUAACAAGGAUUAUCAGACAUGUUACUGUGUGUAAUUUAUCAAACAUUCAGAGUCCCCCGGUUUUAAUAGCAUGGUUUUCUGGCAGGAAGUGAUCUCUCAAUAUCCUGCCUGCUCAACUGUGAGACUACAUUAUCCAUAAUUUCCUGAUGUUUUUUUUCUUUUUUGUUGUAUGCAUCAACUGUACGGCAGUGGUUAUAUGGUGACACAAGUAAAAUCCAGAUUGCAGUAAACCCACAAAGACCUGUGAUCUGAAUCAGGUGCGACUCACCCUUCAAGUCUGGUACGGAUAUCCCACUGUGUCAGACUACAAACAGCGCUGUGACGUGUGAACAAGUAACUACUGCUAGGGGUGGGCGAUAUGACAAUAUGUAUACUGUCAGAUGAUAUACUUAUUUAGCCAUAUUUAUUUAUAUUGUCAUAUGAAUAUCAUUAAACAUCUCUGAGUGUGUUUAGACGCCGUGCUGUAUGCUGGAAACCAAUGAGCUGGAUUUUUUGCAUCUAUGGUACUCUGAUUUUUCCAGACGUGAUAUAUAUUCCAAUAACAAUUGAAUUUCUAUGUGAAAGUAAAGGUUGGAUUCUCACACACUGUCAACACUGAAUUUAUUAGCCUGAUAUGUAUCUAAACUCAGUGAACAGUUUAAGGGAAUUCAAACUUUUACCUUCACAUGAUUUCAUUUUACUACACAUGUCUGUGUGGUGUCCACUAGAUAACACUUAAUUCAGUUGAUUUUCAAGUAUAUUAAUGUUGUAAUAUUCUCAUACAUAUCGCCCACCUCUAAUACUACCCAGAAUUGACAAAACUAUGUGAAAUUGUAAUUUAUUUAUUUUUUUGUCUUUCUGUGGCAAUUUGGCUGUUUCUUAUUUCAUUUAAGCAUUUGAACAUUUGGCUCACACACUUCAUCUUGGUUUAAAGUUUUUAUGUGAAGUUCGGUUCAGUCAGACAACUUACUUGGAACAUGUUAUGUGAAUGCAGAGCUGAUUUUUAACCUAUUGGCAGUUUUCAGUUUGAUCUCUGCAUACACCAAGAUCAGGAAAGAAAAGAUUGGGGAUUGAGGAUUUCAAAAAAAAAAGAAGCAAUGUUUGCAAAUUGAUCAGUAAAACAUGCACUGCUGACAGGACCACCAUAUUGCAGAGGUUGCAGUGAGUAGAGUUUGAUAUAUUUGAGGUCUAGUUUCCAAUCUUAUCACUCCCUGCUUGCAUACACAAAAGCUCAGCAGAGAAAUGUAGGGAGUGAUGAUAAAAUAUGAAGCAAUGUUUGCAAACUCGUUAAUCAAUCAGCUUUAUUGACUGGACCACAUUGUUGCAGAGGAUGAAUUGCUUUGCUCCAAGUUUUGACAUGUGAGCUGUCUGUCUAAACCGCCUCGCAGGCCUCACUCCAUCAUGACACCAGUUAUUUACACAAAUGCUUUGAUUGUGCCAAAAUGUCCACCCCAAAAUUAUGAGGCAAGUGUUUGUGGGAGCUGCUGACGAGUGAAGAUGAGAGCUUAGUAGAAGCUGGUAGAGAACAACAGGCUGAAAGCACUGCAGGUAUUUCUUAAAAGUUGCACUGUAAUUUAUUAGUAUUAUUUUUAUUGUUCAUUCGUAGAUCAAAAUUAGAAAAGGGAAGGGA